GCCUUGUGCGCUGCAGCGAGUGGAGCUCCUAAAAAGGACUCUCCGUGUCAAACCAAGUUGUAAAUAGAUGAGCAUUGGCUACAAAGUAGCUAAAAUAUAGUAAACAAAUACUCAAGAGGCGUAUGGAUAGAUAGGACUGCGCCUUUUCGUGGAAAUUCCCGCCAAGGAAGCCACUUCCAUUCUUACCGAGCACCCGCGCCUGAGCUCACGGCGUCACCAUGCCUGUUUUCGGGCCCAUCCUCAGCGACACUUCGGCGCCUUUGCGCCCGGUGAAAAGAGUCCAGUUCGGCAUCCUGAGCCCGGACGAAAUUAAACGGAUGUCGGUCACAGAAGGCGGAAUCCGGUACUCCGAGAUGAUGGAGGGAGGGCGGCCGAAGCUCUGCGGUCUGAUGGACCCUCGGCAGGGCGUGAUCGACCGCUCCGCCAGGUGUCAGACCUGCGCCGGCAACAUGGCGGAGUGUCCCGGACACUUCGGACACAUCGAACUGGCCAAGCCGGUGUUCCACAUCGGCUUUCUGACCAAGACCAUCAAGAUCAUGAGAUGUGUGUGCUUCUUCUGCUCCAAACUGUUAGUCAGUCCAGAUGACCCAAGAAUCAAGGACAUCGUGGGCAAGUCGAAGGGCCAGCCCAAGAAGCGACUGACGCACGUGUACGACCUGUGCAAGGGCAAGAUGAUCUGUGAAGGAGGGGACGAGGUGGACGCUGAAGUCGGUCCUGAGGAGGGAAAGGAAGAGAAGCCCAAGGGUCAUGGUGGUUGCGGUCGUUACCAGCCCCAGAUUCGCAGGGUGGGGUUGGACCUGACAGCGGAGUGGAAACAUGUCAACGAGGACUCCCAAGAACGGAAAAUCCAGCUCAGCGCCGAGAGAGUACUGGAAAUCUUCAAACGCAUCUCUGAUGAGGAGUGUAGCAUCAUGGGAAUGGAUCCGAGGUUCGCCCGACCAGACUGGAUGGUUGUGACGGUACUUCCCGUGGCGCCGCUACAAGUCCGACCCUCGGUAGUCAUGUUUGGUGCAGCCAGAGGACAGGAUGAUUUGACGCACAAGUUGGCUGACAUCGUGAAGAUCAACAACCAGCUGAAGCGGAACGAGAUGAACGGAGCGGCGGCUCACAUCAUCGCGGAGGACACCAAGAUGCUGCAGUUUCACGUCACAACACUGGUGGACAACGAGGUCCCCGGCAUGCCCAGGGCUGUACAAAAGUCAGGACGACCGCUCAAGUCAGUCAAACAGCGGCUGAAGGGCAAGGAAGGUCGUAUCCGUGGUAACCUGAUGGGGAAACGUGUGGAUUUCUCCGCCCGCGCUGUCAUCACGCCGGACCCUAACCUACAGAUCGACCAGGUCGGCUGUCCGCGGACUGUCGCACAAAACCUGACCUUCCCAGAGAUUGUCACACCCUUCAACAUUGACAGAAUGCAAGAGCUAGUGAGAAGAGGAGCGAACCAGUAUCCUGGUGCAAAGUACAUUAUCCGAGAUACGGGACACAGAAUAGACCUCCGCUACCACCCUAAACCCAGCGACCUCCAUCUACAGUGUGGCUACAAGGUGGAGCGACACAUUCGCGAUGAUGACAUCGUGAUCUUUAACCGUCAGCCCACGCUACAUAAAAUGUCCAUGAUGGGCCACAGAGUCAAGAUCCUACCCUGGUCAACCUUCCGUUUGAACCUAAGUGUAACAACACCGUACAACGCUGACUUUGACGGAGACGAGAUGAACCUGCACGUGCCCCAGUCGGUGGAGACGCGGGCGGAGAUCAUGGAGCUGGCCAUGGUGCCGCGUAUGAUCAUCACGCCGCAGUCUAACCGCCCCGUCAUGGGGAUAGUACAGGACACACUCACCGCUGUCAGGAAGUUCACACGGAGAGAUGUCUUCAUCGACAGGGAGAGCAUGAUGAACCUACUGAUGUGGUUACCCACGUGGGAUGGUAAGAUGCCCCAGCCGGCCAUCCUCAAACCCAAGCCUCUGUGGACAGGCAAGCAGCUCUUCUCCCUCAUCAUCCCAGGACACAUCAACUGUAUCCGCAUGCACAGUACGCAUCCAGACGAGGAAGACAGCGGUCCAUAUAAGUGGAUAUCUCCCGGUGAUACCAAGGUCAUUGUGGAAAAUGGAGAACUGAUCUCUGGCAUCCUGUGUAAGAAGUCGUUGGGACCGUCUGGUGGCUCGCUGGUUCACAUCGUAGCGUUGGAGCUGGGCCACGAGAUCGCCAAACUCUUCUACGGAUACAUCCAGACGGUGGUCAACAACUGGCUUCUACUGGAAGGCCACACCAUCGGUAUCGGGGACUGCAUCGCCGACACGCAGACGUACCAAGACAUCCAGAACACCAUCAAGAAGGCCAAGCUGGACGUGAUAGAGGUCAUCGAGAAGGCCCAUAACGACGAGCUGGAGCCGACGCCCGGCAACACCCUCAGACAGACAUUCGAGAAUCAGGUGAAUCGAAUCCUGAACGACGCUCGUGACAAGACUGGAGGCAGUGCCCAGAAGAGCUUGUCCGAGUUUAACAACUUCAAGUCCAUGGUGGUGGCCGGCUCCAAAGGCUCCAAGAUUAACAUCUCACAGGUUAUCGCCUGUGUGGGACAACAGAACGUAGAGGGAAAGCGUAUUCCCUUCGGCUUCCGCCAUCGCACGCUGCCGCACUUCAUCAAGGACGACUACGGUCCCGAGUCUCGUGGGUUCGUGGAGAACUCGUACCUGGCCGGCCUGACGCCGUCGGAGUUUUUCUUCCACGCCAUGGGCGGUCGUGAGGGACUGAUUGACACAGCUGUGAAGACAUCAGAAACAGGUUACAUUCAGCGGCGUCUGAUCAAGGCUAUGGAGAGCGUGAUGAUCGCGUACGAUGGGACGGUCCGAAAUUCUAACCGUCAUCUGGUACAGUUGCGUUACGGAGAGGACGGCCUCGAUGCUGUUUCCAUUGAGUUUCAGAACCUGGCGACUCUCAAGCCUUCCAACAGAUCCUUUGAGAAGAAGUUCAAACUGGACUACCAAAAUGAAAGGUACCUGCGGAGAAUCCUGCAGGAGGACAUCGUGCGUGAGAUCACCAGCGACGCGCGCCUGCAGACGGAGAUUGAGGCGGAGUUCGAGCAGCUGCGAGUGGACAGGGACGUGCUGCGAUCUGUCAAUCAAACAGGCGACGCCAAGGUGGCACUGCCUUGUAACUUGGCCAGGAUUAUUUGGAAUGCCCAGAAGAUCUUUCAUGUUAACACCCGGGCACCCACUGACCUUCACCCAAUCAAGGUCGUUGAAGGCGUUCGAGAGCUGAGUAAGAAGCUGGUGAUUGUGAAGGGCGAUGACCCCAUCAGCAUCCAGGCGCAGGCUAACGCCACCAUCCUGUUCAACACCCUCCUCCGCUCCACACUCUGUACGCGGCGCGUACUGGAAGAGUUCCGCCUCUCCACCGAGGCGUUUGAUUGGCUGUUAGGAGAAAUCGAGUCCAGGUUCAACCAGGCUAUUGUCCAGCCAGGUGAGAUGGUAGGAGCGCUGGCUGCCCAGUCCCUGGGAGAGCCCGCCACACAGAUGACACUAAACACGUUCCAUUACGCCGGCGUGUCGGCCAAGAACGUCACGCUGGGUGUGCCACGUCUCAAGGAGAUCAUCAAUGUCUCCAAGAAGCCCAAGACUCCGUCACUGACGGUGUUCCUGCUGGGACAACCAGCUAAUGAUGCGGAGAAGGCAAAGGAUAUCCUCUGUAGAUUGGAGCACACGACCCUUAGAAAGGUCACGGCGAAUACCGCCAUCUACUACGACCCUGACCCUCAGAACACGGUGAUCGAGGAGGAUCAGGAGUUUGUUAACGUGUACUACGAGAUGCCGGACUUCGACCCUCACCGCAUCUCGCCCUGGCUGCUGCGUAUCGAGCUGGACCGCAAACGCAUGACGGACAAGAAGCUGACCAUGGAGUCCAUCGCAGAGAAGAUCAAUGCAGGCUUCGGAGAUGACUUGAAUUGUAUCUUCAACGAUGACAACGCUGAGAAGCUGGUGCUUCGAAUCCGUAUCAUGAACAACGACGACAGCAAAAUGAUGGACGAGGAGGAGAUGGUGGAUAAGAUGGAUGACGAUGUGUUUCUGCGCUGUAUCGAGGCCAACAUGCUGACAGACAUGACACUACAGGGCAUCGAACAGAUCGCUAAGGUGUACAUGCAUUUGCCGCAGCAGGACUCCAAGAAGAGAAUCAUCAUCACAGACGAGGGAGAGUACAAGGCCCUACAGGAGUGGAUCCUGGAGACAGACGGAGUCAACCUCAUGAAGGUUCUCUCCGAGAAGAACGUCGACCCUGUCCGAACCACGUCUAACGACAUCGUAGAGAUAUUCCAGAUCCUUGGCAUCGAAGCUGUGCGGAAGGCGAUUGAGAAGGAGAUGAACCACGUUAUCUCCUUCGACGGUUCCUACGUGAACUACCGCCACCUGGCACUGCUGUGUGACAUCAUGACCCAGAAGGGUCAUCUCAUGGCCAUCACGCGCCACGGGAUCAACCGCCAGGAGGUCGGACCUCUCAUGAAGUGCUCCUUCGAGGAAACGGUUGACAUCCUGAUGGAGUCAGCGUCCCACAGUGAGACAGACUACAUGUGGGGGGUGUCAGAGAACAUCAUGCUGGGACAGCUGGCACGGAUCGGGACGGGCUCCUUCGACUUGAUGCUGGACGCAGAGAAGUGCAAAUACGGCAUGGAGAUCCCCACUAACCUGGUGGGAGGGGGGCUGAUGGCUGGGCCAGGACCAGGGAUGUUCUUUGGGAACGCGGGAUCUCCCACGGCGUCCAUGUCACCGCAGAUGACACCGUGGCAACAAGUGGGCACGCCCGCUUAUGGUGGGGCGUGGUCACCAGGACUCGGAAGUGGCAUGACUCCUGGAGCUGCAGGAUUCUCGCCCUCUGCUGCGUCAGAUGCCAGUGGGAUGAGUCCAGCAGGCUACAGCCCAGCCUGGUCCCCCACCCCCGGCUCCCCAGGGUCCCCGGGCCCUGCCAGUCCCUACAUCCCCUCCCCGGGGGGACCCAUGUCUCCCAGCUACUCGCCGGCCUCCCCUGCGUACAUGCCGCGCAGCCCCGGCGGGAUGACGCCACAGAGUCCCGGCUACUCGCCGACUUCGCCGUCGUAUUCACCGACAUCACCGAGCUACUCGCCGGCAAGUCCCAACUACAGCCCAACGUCGCCGAGCUAUUCACCGACGUCGCCGAGCUACAGUCCGACCAGUCCGAGUUACUCCCCGACCUCGCCGAGCUACUCACCAACCAGCCCAAGUUACUCGCCAACAUCACCGAGCUACUCACCAACGAGUCCGAGUUACUCACCGACCUCGCCAUCGUACAGCCCAACCUCUCCUUCCUACAGCCCAACGUCACCCUCCUACAGCCCAACUUCACCUUCCUAUUCCCCCACCUCUCCGUCUUACAGUCCUACCAGCCCGUCUUACAGCCCCACCAGUCCAUCCUACAGCCCCACCAGCCCCUCUUACUCACCCACGUCUCCCAACUACACACCCACGUCACCCAAGUACUCACCCACCUCCCCCAGCUACUCACCCACCAGUCCUUCGUACUCCCCAGCCUCACCCAGCUACAGUCCCACCAGUCCCAGCUACUCACCCAGCUCACCCAACUACUCUCCCCAGUCCCCCAGCUACUCACCCAGCUCACCCAGCUAUUCCCCAUCCAGUCCCAAGUACUCUCCAACCUCACCCAGCUACAGCCCAACCUCACCCCAGUACACCCCCACCUCACCCAAGUACAGUCCCACGUCUCCCAAGUACAGUCCCUCCUCACCCAAGUACACUCCAACAUCCCCCAAGUACAGCCCUUCCUCACCCAAGUACAGCCCCUCGUCUCCCAAGUACUCACCCACCUCCCCCACCUACUCCCCAUCCAGUGCCAAGUACUCCCCUGCCUCGCCUAGCUACUCCCCCUCCACUCCAAAAUACACACCCACGUCUCCCAAGUACAGCCCCGCCAGCCCCACCUACACACCCACGUCCCCGAAAUACAGUCCCACCUCACCCAGCUACACUCCAGACACUCCAAAGUACAGCCCCACAUCUCCUAAGUACAGCCCCACGUCUCCGACCUACUCACCCACCAGUCCCAAGGGUUCCACCUACUCCCCGACCACCCCGGGUUAUUCCCCGGCCUCCCCCACGUACAGCCCCGAGAGCCCAGAAAGCCAGGCCACGCAUGAAGAGGAGGAGGACGAAUCUUAAAUGUUGUCUAAACCAGCCUGAUGUGGCGGACAUGGACAUGUGCAAGAUCAGAGGACACUGACUGUGAGAAAAGGUUGUGCCAUGGACUCAAGUGGUCAUAAAAUGAUACAGACGAGAAUGUCAAGAAAUGACAGUAGGUACCAGGUGUUCAUUCUAAUACCGAUAAUCUUUGGUGAUUACCUACUAUAAAUGCUGCCAUUUGUGAACAUGUCAGCAAAUUGUAAAUGGCAACAUUAGAACCUGCUACAAAAGAUUGGCUGUACCGAGUCCAGAAUUUGGUAGCUUCAGCGAAUUGUAAACAGAAAGGUUCAGUUAAGUUUUCUAUGGCAUCAGUAACAUUUCUCUGUUUUGAAGAUGCAGGGCUUAUGAAGCUAUGGUUGGUAUCCUUUUUGACAAAAAUUUGACAGGAACCAUACUGAAUGCAAGGAGACAAAGGCAUCAUUUGGCCUCCUGGACAAUUUGUCCAACAAGCCUAGACCAUAGCUUUUCGCUAUGGCUGAAUUGUACAUAAAUCCUUGUAGAAAAUAUCAGGUUUCUCCUGGAACAUGUACUUAGUGAAAGGACAAAAAUAUCAAUAAGGUAGCAAAAGCACACUUUGUGAGAAGACUAUAUACACGGUGGUGCCAGAUUGUAAUACACGUUUCUUUUGUACAUGGUAACAAAAAUGUGCUGUUCUCAGUAACGUUAGGUGCUACACUGAACAUUGUCAUUAAGUCAUAUCCAUCUUCCAAUAUUGAUGAUCAUUGUGAAAUGAUUUUGUUUUAUUCACUUGUCUAAGUGAAGGUAAAGUAGACAAAGGGAUAACUAAACAUUCUUAAGGAUAGGGAUGACACUUUGUUGUUUUUGUCCAGAAUUUUUCAAUACA